GAGUUUUGUUUCUUAUUUAUACACCCAAAUCUAGGCGGAAUUGUGAUUUUUCAUCGAAAUUUUGGAAUUUUUUUUGCUUUUGAUCGAAGCCAGAAAUUGUGAUUAUUGAUUGUGGAUUAAGGAAUUUUGGUGUGGAAUUGAAAUGGAUGGGAAUAAUUGGAGGGCCGCUCAGGCUCAGGGAGGUGGUGAAGGUGGCGGAGCGGCUGCCGGAGCUAUGGAUUCCGGUGAUUGGAGGACUCAACUUUUGCCUGAUUCGCGUCAAAGGAUUGUGAACAAGAUAAUGGAGACCUUAAAGAGGCAUCUUCCUGUUUCUGGGCAAGAAGGAGUACAGGAGCUUAAGAAAAUUGCUGUGAGGUUUGAAGAAAAGAUCUAUUCUGCUGCUACAAGUCAGCAAGAUUAUCUUCGGAAGAUAUCUUUAAAGAUGCUGACCAUGGAAACAAAAUCUCAAACUCCUAUGACCAAUUCUGUUCAGCCAAAUCCUGCAAGUAGUGGUCAGAAUGCCCUUGGUCCAGGAUCGCAUGGUAUGCAAUCCCAAGUUAACGGCCAAGCACAGCAACUUCCUGUACCUAUGGUGGCCAAUCAAACUCAAACACGACAACCACUGUUGCAGCAAAACCUUCAGAACAAUAUGGCAUCAACUGGGCUGCAAAUUUCUGCUAGCUUGGCUCCAUCACUUCCUUCUGUGAGUAAUUUGACGCAGGGUACCAUGCCAAAUGUCGUGGGCCAGAAUUCAAAUUUGCAAACCAUGCAAAACAUGCCAAAUGUUGGUCAAAACUUAGUAGGAAAUGCCAUUGGGCAAGGCAUGCCACCUAAUAUGGUUGCUAAUUCUCAGAGGCAGAUGCAGGGAAGACAACAACAGGUUGUUUCUCAACAGCAACAGCAGCAGUCCCAGACAACACAGCAAUAUCUUUACCAGCAGCAACUGCAUCAGCAUCAAAUGAUGAAGCAGAAAUUUCAGCCGGGAAGCACAUCACAGUCCUUGAUGCAAUCUCACAUGCAGCAACAGCAACAGCAACAGCCUCAGGAGCAGCAGCAACAACCGCCACAGCAGCAACAAAACCUUCUACAACCUACUCAGACACAACCUUCUCAGCAAGCUAUGAUGCAACCUUCUUCAAUACAAUCAACUUCUUUGUCCAACCUUCAGCAGAAUCAACAGUCAACUGCUCAACAGUCAACUCAAUCUGUACUUCACCAACGGCAACAAUCAGUUAUGAGACAGCAGCAGGCGCCCAUGCUUCAUCAACAGCAAUCAUCAAUGCUACAGCAACCAAUUUUACCAGCACAACAGCACCAACAACAACAGCAGCAGCAGCAGCAGCAGCAGCAGCUGAUUGCACAACAGACAAAUGUUGCAAAUCUCCAGCAGAACCAAUUGAUGAGUCAACAGAAUACAAUGCCUGAUGUGCAGCAGAGGCUAGUGGGCCAACAGAACAACUAUAACAGUCUGCAGCAGCAGCAGUUACUUAAUCCACAAAACAGCUUUCAAAAUAUGCAUCAGCAGCAGUUGGGCUCUCAAAGUAAUAUUGCUGGGGUCCAGCAGCAACAGCUGUCUGGAAGUCAACAACCUGGUAACUCUGGCUUGACAUCUAAUCAGCACCCUAUCCAUUUGAUGCAACAACCAAAAGUUCCUGUACAACAACAAAUGCUGCAGAGUACUACAACCUUGUUACCAAAUCAAGGUCAACAAUCGCAGUCGCAGCCAGCACAACAGCAAAUGAUGUCUCAGAGCCAAUCACAACCAGGACAGUUACAGCCACCUUUGGGUUUGCAGCAACAGGCGAAUCAAUUGCAAAGGGAGAUGCAACAGAGGCUUCAACCAUCAGCCCCCUUGCUUCAACAGCAGAAUGUAAUGGAACAGCAGAAGCAGCUAUAUCAAUCACAAAGAGUCGCACCUGAAGCCUCAUCAACAUCUUUAGAUUCUACAGCUCAGACGGGAAAUGCAAAUGCAGCUGAUUGGCAGGAGGAGGUUUACCAAAAGAUAAAGUCUAUGAAGGAGUCGUAUUUGGCAGAGCUCAAUGAUCUAUACCACAAAAUUGCUUCUAAAGUGCAACAGCAUGAUUCUCUUCCUCAGCGUCCUCAAAAUGAGCAAAUUGAAAAGCUCAAGAUGUUCAAGAUUACGCUGGAACGCAUUGUGCUUUUCUUGCGGCUUAACAAGCAGGAUAUUCAACUUUCUCACAAGGAAAAGUUGGUUUCGGUUGAGAAGCACAUAAGUUUCUUUCUUAGUUCCAAUAGGCCGCGCAGCAAGCCUUCUUCUUCUCCACUGCAGGGACAACUUCCUCAGUCUUCCAUGCAGCUUCAGCAACCACAAUCUCUUGAUGGUCAAUCUAAUCCAUCGAUGCAACCCGUACAGGGUUCCAUGGCAGCAAUGCCGCAGAAUAAUCUCACCAACUUGCAACAUAAUACCUUGUCUGGCGUACCGACAAUUUCCAACUCCCAGCAACACAUGAUAAAUACAGUACAGCCUGGUUCCACUGUGGAUUUGGGACAGGGUAAUUCAUUGAGCUCACUGCAGCAGGUGGCUACUGGCUCUUUACAACAGAAUCCUGUUAACAGUCCUCAACAAGUUAACAUGAGCUCAUUAGGCUCACAAAGUGGAACAAACCCCGUACAGGCAAACCUCGGUUCCCUACAGCAAAAUUCAAACGCCCUGCAACAGUCACUUCCUAAGCAGCACGAGCAGCAAAUGUUGCAGAACCAGCAAUUAAGACAGCAAUACCACCAUAGGCAUAUGCAGCAGCAACUUUUUCAAAGACAGCAGAUAAUACAACAGCAGCAAGCGAAGCAACAGCAGACCUCGCUAUUGCCAACCCACCAGAUGUCUCAGCUUCAACAGAUGACUGAUGCUAAUGACCUAAAGAUAAGGCAGCAAAUGGGGAUAAAAACAGGAGUUUUACAGCAACAACAGUCAGUUGGCCAGCGUGUUGGAUCUCAUCAUCCCCAAUUGAAGCCAGGAAUAUCUUCACCUCAACUCCAUCAAGCAUUGUCUCCUCAGGUUACCCAACAUCCUUCUCCACAAAUUGACCAACAAAAUAUGUUGGCGUCUCUUACCAAAGCUGGGACUCCUCUCCAAUCCGCAAGCUCACCAUUUGUUGUCCCUUCUCCUUCAACUCCCUUGGCUCCAUCUCCAAUGCCGGGGGAUUCUGAAAAAGUUUGUGCUGGCCUUGGAUCACAUACCACAGCUGGAAAUAUAAUGCAUCAGCAAGCUACUGUUGCUUCUGCACCUGCCCAAUCCCUUGCAAUUGGUACUCCUGGGAUAUCAGCCUCACCUUUGCUUGCUGAGUUUACUCCUCUAGAUGGUACACAUGCCAAUGUCUCAGCUGCUGUUCCUGGCAGGUCAAGUGUUGAACAACCAUUGGAUCGCUUGAUGAGAGCGGUUAAAAACAUGUCUGACAAAGCAUUGCAGUCGUCAGUUCAAGACAUCUGUUCAGUUGUCAGUAUGAAUGAUAGAAUAGCAGGAUCUGCUCCAGGAAAUGGAUCAAGAGCAGCUGUUGGCGAAGAUUUGGUUGCCAUGACCAAAUGUCGUCUCCAAGCGAGAAACUACUUUACGCAGGAUGGACCUACAGGAACAAAGAAAAUGAAGCGAUAUACAACUUCCAACGUUGUGUCGUCAAGCAGCAGUUUAAAUGAUAGUUUCUGGCAGCUGAAUUAUUCUGAAACACCUGAGUUAGAGUCAACAGCAACAUCUAAUGCCAAAAGACCUAAAAUAGAGGUUAAUAUUGCACUGGUUGAAGAGAUACAGAAAAUCAAUUGGCAACUUAUCGACACUGUUGUAGAAAUUAGUGACGAAGGUGUUGAUCCAAGUGCUCUUGCUGCUGCAACAGAGGGCGGUGAAGGCACUACUGUUAAGUGUUCUUUCACCGCCGUUGCGUUGAGUCCAAACUUAAAAGCACUGUAUGCUUCAGCGCAGAUGUCUCCAAUUCAGCCUUUGAGAUUGCUCGUUCCAAUUAAUUAUCCAAACUGCUCUCCGAUUUUGUUGGACAAGUUUCCAGUUGAAGUCAGUAAAGAGUAUGAAGAUCUAUCCACGAAGGCCAAGUCAAGGUUUAGUGUCUCCCUGCGAAGUCUUUCACAGCCAAUGUCUUUAAAAGACAUAGCCAAGACUUGGGAUGUUUGUGCUCGUGCUGUAAUUUGUGAAUAUGCACAGCAAAGUGGAGGAGGAACCUUCAGCUCAAAGUACGGGUCUUGGGAGAAUUGUUCGACUGCAGCAUAAUCAAAGACGGAAUUAUGAGGUUUUCUUCAUCCGCCUUCGGCCUUGCUCUCCUGCUGCUACCUCCUAUUUACUGAUGGUGAUUGCGUAAUUGUCGUCUUCUUGAAUUGAAUGCUGAGAUUCAUUCUCAUAUGCUGGUUGUUGCUGGAUAAGUUUUUGUACCCCCUUGAGUUGUUUGUACUCAAGUGUGUGGAUUUUGGUUGGGAUAAUUGAUUUCGGGAUAACUUAUUCCCCAACCAAAUGUGCCCUUGGUGAAAUUUUAAGGUUUUAAAACAUUGUUUUUUUUUAUGGCUUGUUCAUUGUGGUGAUCUGCCUUGAUUCAUUUUGGAACCAUAUGAAGUUUAUAAAUGGGGCUCUUACAUGAUUA